GACCACAUUGGCCGUUUUGCGAAUAGGGAAUCAUGGCAGAACCGAGUGUGCCACCGCCGCAGGAACCUGCUGGGCCGGAACCUGCCGAGGCACCUCAACCCAGCAAUAAUAAUGCUAACAACAACAUCAACCGCGGACAGGACGGCCCCCUUCCACCCAUUCUGAUAAAUCCCCGGGGCAGAAAUAAUGCCCAGAAUCCACUGAUUAACGUUCGGGAUAGGCUGUUUCAUGCAUUGUUUUUCAAAACGGCCAUUGCCUACGCUCAAAUGGUUCCAAAGCCCGUUCGUCGUGCCAUUGAACUGAUCAUGUUGCUGAAGGCUCUGGCCGCCUUCUUCAUUCUGGUCUACAUACAUGUGCAUUUCUCCCAAACGCCAACAACGUGUCUGGAACACGUCAAAAACGAUUGGCCCCGUGAUGGAGUUCUACGAGUGGAAAUCAUCCGUUACAAUCCGAUCAUUAUUGCUGAAGCGAAAAACAAGGACAUCAGCUUGGAGGAAGCCGAAGUGAACAAUCUGCUGCGAAAUAGUCACAAAAAUGGGAUGAUAAGCAUUGAUCCGUCGACUACGUUGCCCCAUGAGCAGCAGGAGCAGAACCAGAAUCCGGAGCUGCUGCUGCAAAGCUAUGCCAACAGUAGCCCAUGGUCCAGUCAGCCACAACAGCACCAAUCAUCGCAUCCGCAGUCGAAAGCACGCUUCGGGAAGGAACUGAUGACUUCUCGGGUGGAUGGCAGAUUUCCGCCAGCAGUGGACGGAGGUGGUACGAAUAAAGUAGAAGUCAAUGUUCUGAUCGAGAGCACUCAGUUUAUCGGAGAGGAGGCAAAGAUGGAAGUUAGUGAGGAUGAAUUACCAGUGGGAGAACAGCAGUUGGACGAUUCCGGAGGCAACGUGAUGACGUACGUCAAUGAGACGAUUGUGAAGGAAGUGGUAGAUCUGGUAGAGGAACCAACGGAGCCGGAAUCGAAAGCCGAAGCCACUUGGGCCGAUGGACAGUAUGUCGUGGAGUACUCGCUUGAGUACGGGUUCCUCCGCUUGUCGGCUGCCACCCGGCAGCGUCUGAAUAUCCCAGUCCACGUUGUCACCCUGGAUCCGGACAAGGAUAGAUGCUUCGGCGAUUCCUUCAGUCGGUUCAUUCUGAAAGAAUUCCUUGGCUACGAUGAUAUUCUGAUGGCCUCGGUCAAGGUCUUGGCCGAGCAGGAAGACAACAAGGGCUAUCUGAGGAAUGUGAUCACCGGAGAACACUAUCGGUUCGUUUCGAUGUGGUUAAUGUCCCGCAGUUCCUACUUUGCGCCGUUCUUCAUCAUGAUUCUAUUCACCAUUUCGAUCUCUAUGCUGCUGCGGUAUUCUCAUCAUCAAAUAUUUGUCUUCAUCGUUGACCUGCUCCAGAUGUUGGAAUUCAAUAUUCCCGUUCGUUUCCCUGCGGCACCUCUGUUAACCGUCAUCCUGGCGCUAGUCGGAAUGGAGGCCAUCAUGUCGGAGUUCUUCAACGACACAUCGACCGCGUUCUACAUUAUCCUGGUGGUUUGGUUCGCCGAUCAAUACGACGCAGUGUGCUGUCACACGUCUGUCACAAAACGUCACUGGUUAAGAUUUUUCUACUUGUACCAUUUUUCAUUCUACGCCUAUCACUACCGAUUCAACGGACAGUACAGCAACUUGUCCCUGUUUACUUCGUGGCUUUUCAUUCAGCAUUCGAUGAUCUACUUCUUCCACCAUUAUGAGCUGCCGGUGAUAAUCCAGCAAGCUCAACUGCAGCAAAUUAUCCUUCAAACACGUGACGGUCAGGUUCCCAAUCCACCUCCAGCUGCUAGCAACAGACAGCAACCACCACCACAGCAGCAACCUCAACCUCAACAACAACAGGCAGCUGGUCAACCAGCGGCAGCUGCCCAAAAUGGGUCUCAGCAACAACAGCAACAGCAGCAGCGAGCUACUGUGCUGGACGGAAUAAUCAAUGCCAUUCGAUUCCAACGUCGGAACAACGAUAACAACAACAACAAUCGAAAUAUCUUAAUCAGCAUACCUAGAUACUACGGGUUACUGUCAAUGAAUGGGAACAAUAACAACAACAAUGGUACACCGGCUUUCGCCAAUGGUGUUCCAGCAGCUCUGCGGAACAUCGCACACAGUUUGGUUCAAAGUCUACGAGCCAACGUUUCCGCGGGUAUGGAACUGCUAGGUAACAUGAACCUCAACAACAACAACAACUUGUUUGCCCAGCGACUUCGGUUCGGUUUUGGCAACGUUCAGAACAAUAGGAACCAUCCCCUAAGGAUCAGAAUCGUUGGUCGAUCACCAACAAUCAUUCGUCCGGGUCCGGUAUCCACUGGCGCGGGAUCGAUCCCCGUCAAUUCCAGCAAUGCAACUGCACAGCCAUUGAGUGCCGAAAUCAUUGCAGCGUCAUCGGCCGUCGAUCCUCGAUUAAACUACCAGCGCAAUUACGAAGCAAACAACUUCAUCUUUCCCGAGGCAGUACUUACGCAGCAUCAGCAGCAGCAACAACAGCGCCAGCAAGAGGAACAUCAGGAGCUGGACAGCAACAUAGAUUCCGUCAGCGAUUCUACUGACGCUGACAAAAUCUACAACAUUGAAAACGUUGCCCAUCAGCAGGCUGGUGACGCAAAUUCCGGCAGCAGUAAGCUCGAAAGCACCGUUGCCGUUGUAAAUAGCAGUCUAGAACCUAGUUCCUCCAACCCCGUGCUCGGUCAAGGGCCGGUUGGGUCCGAUAGUGUGAGUAGUAUAGAGGACGCUACCAGUAGGUCUCCUGCGAAAGCAGUGCUGAACUCAAGCAGUGAAGAGUCUUAAAAUAAAGAAGGAUGAAUAUCUUUCUGUGGUAGUUCAUUGUUUCUGUGUAUGCUUAUUUAUCUGUGAAUUAUUAUUUUUUAUUGCGAUGAUGAAUUUACUGGAAAAUCGAGCUACGGGAAGCAACGGUGACGAAGUGGCUGCAAGAACAGCCGAAGAAAUAAAGAUAGUGCUCUGGACUAAUUCAAUGAAAUUUUUCUCCCAUACUGUAUAUAGAAGCGCUGGAGCGGCUAAUUUACGAUAAACAAUUAUGCCUGGUUUUGUUUGUGUUCAUAUGAAAAAAAAAAUUGAAGCAAGAAAAUUCUUUCGUUGAGCACUGGUGAUAAAAGAAAAAAAAAAAGUGGAAAAUAACAAAACUUGUGCAGCAUCAAAAACUUGUGCUUAUUAAAGAAGCAGUAUCGUUGGUUCUCUUGUUUUAUUCAAUACAUAA